UCCGUGAGUUCUUGCCGCGCGUCUCUCUCUCUGUCUCACCGUUCAUCCGCUCCUAUCGGUUGUCGUUCGUCUCGUUCGUUCGUACAGUUGCUGAAACGCGUCCCCGCAAUCUGAAAGUCUUGCGUAGCAUUUUACCGUGUCGAGUGUGAGCGCACAUUUUUAUUGGUGAUAAGUUGAUGGUGUGGUGAAGUUCUAAAGAGGAACCUCCGCGCGGAGGGUAAGCCAAACGCGAUGUCCGAGCAUCUGCACAACAACUGGCGCGAGGAGAAUAUGUGGUGGUCGGGUGGCGAGCACCAACAGCAGCUCCUGCACCAGCAGCAGCUGGCGGCGGCCGCGGCGGCACAGGCCCACCACCACCAGGCCCAGAUCGAUGCGGCGGCCAGUAGUGCCGCACCGACCGGCACCCAGCAAAUGUUCUCGUACAAAAUGGCCAACACGUUCCAGAACGUGAGCCAACCGCCCCCGACCUCGACCGUGAGCAACGUGUCGUCGACGUCGCCGGUGGGGGCGGCCGGCAUCAAGGGCUACGACUACAUGACAGGUGGCAAUCCGACUAUGAACAUGCCGGCACCCGCGGCCCAAUGGUGGUAUCCGCCGUCCACGAUGGAUAACAUGCACGGUGCGAUGCAGAGCAUGCACCACCAAAACAUGCCACCUGCACACACACCCCCGCCGUCGCAAUCAGAAGCACAGUCGAGACAGGAGGAGGCACACAGACAGCGACAGGACAACGAAAGGCACCAACAACAACUGCACCAGCAGCACCAGGAGGCGCAGCAGCGGCAGCAGGACGCGAUCCAACAGCAUCAGCAGGCGUUAGCCGAGCACCAGGCCAGACAGCACCACCUCCAGCAGCAACAGCAACAACAGCAACAACAGCAGCAGCAACACCAGCGACUCCAGCAACCGCUGCAGCAUCACCAACUUCACAACCAGCACCAGCAGCUGAACCCGCAUUUACAGGUCGCGAACACGAGGACGAAGGGAAGGAUGCCAAGGAAGGCCGACCAGAAACCCAGGGGCCCGAUGACCGCUUACGCGUUCUUCGUGCAGACCUGCAGGGAGGAGCACAAGAAGCUGCAUCCGGAGGAGAACGUCGUCUUCUUGGAGUUCUCCAAGAAGUGUGCCGAGAGGUGGAAGACAAUGGUGGACAAGGAGAAGAAACGUUUCCAGGAAAUGGCUGAGGGUGACAAGAAACGGUACGAGGCGGAAAUGUCCAAGUACACGCCGCCCCAGGGCGAGAACAAGAAGGGUAAGAAGAGGAAGCAAGUCAAGGAUCCUAAUGCACCAAAGAGAGCAUUGUCGGCAUUCUUCUGGUUUUCGAACGAGGAGAGAGGCAACGUUAAAGCGGAGAAUCCCGAAUACGGCGUGGGAGACAUCGCCAAAGAGUUGGGAAGACGAUGGGCCGAUGCGGAUCCCGAAACCAAAGGUAGAUUCGAGGCUUUGGCCAGCAAGGACAAAGCUCGAUAUGAAGAGCAAAUGACUGCUUACAAAAAUAGGAACAAUCCUGCCUUGCAGAAACCGGUAGUACCUGAACACGAUCCAGAGGACGACUAUGAGGAGGCAGAUGAAGAAGAAGACGACUAAGCUGUGAUCUCCCGAUUACCUCAUCAUUCAAAUCGCCUUUUCAUUCCUCCAUUGUAAAUAAUACAUACUAGCAGCAAUGUAUUGAGUUUGUUCUCUUUUUCAAUAGUUUUUAACGUCGUAUGGUUGUGUCGAUUUGUUGAAUUUGUUGGUUUUGAUCGGUUUUAACAAAACUGGCUCUAUAAGUGUAACCUUUUAAUAUAGUCCCUUUGUUUUGCCAACAGCAUUAAUAAAUAUUACAAUAACUGAGUUGUUGUUGUUGUUGUUAUCUUGGUCAAAAUCAGCAGAGGGUGAUGAUAUAUUUAUUUUUCUAGUGUCCCCGUACACGCUGUUGUGAGAAACGUUUCGGAAGUUUAUAUAAUUUAAUAACAGUUUUUUAUGUGAGGAACAACACAGCUAUACGAUUUUAAAAAUGUAGGUUGUAAUUAUAUAAUUUUUAUGUAUUAUAAUAAAGUUUUUUUAAGAAUACAAGUGAAUUUUAAAUACUCAA